UUGGACUGCAUGUUGUUCAAUGUGGCUCUUCAAAUCAGUCUCCUCCGGCUACUGCCAUCGCUGUCACCCUCUGCUCAGAUAUCAGGAAGGCAGUGGGGGUCCAUUCUCCCAGAAUCUGGUGGGGCCCUCGCUGAAAGGAUUGCCUGUAAUCUGAGGAAGAAAAGAAAGAGGAAAUAGCCAGUAACGGCAGUUCAGCAAAUUGAUCACGGAGGAGGAGGAGGAAGAGGAGGACGAGAGGAGCCAUGUCCAAUGUUAUCCUAGAGAGCAUCUUUCUGAAACGUUCCCAGCAAAAGAAGAAGACUUCCCCGCUGAAUUUCAAGAAGCGCCUCUUUCUGUUGACAGAGAGCAAGCUCUCUUAUUAUGAAUACGACUUCGAACGUGGGCGCAGAGGAAGUAAGAAGGGCUCAGUGGACAUUGAUAAAAUCACCUGCGUCGAGAUUGUGGUUCCGGAAAACAAUCCGCCUCCAGAACGACGGGUGUUGCGAAAAGAAGAUACUAAUGAACACGAGCAGUUUUCCAUUAUAGAAAGGUUUCCGUAUCCCUUCCAAAUUAUAUACGAUGAAGGACCCCUCUACGUCUUCUCUCCCAUGGAAGAACUACGGACUCGAUGGGUUCACCAACUGAAGACCAUGACCAACUAUAACAGUAACCUGGUGCAGAAAUAUCAUCCUUGUUUCUGGACAGAUGGACAAUAUCUUUGUUGCUUCCAGACUGCAAAAAUGGCUAUGGGUUGCAAAGUGCUGGCCGGCAGAACUCCAAGUUUCAAAAGUGGCCGUUUGCUUCAGAAGCCCGAAAAGCCACUGCCCCCAACGCCAGAGGAGAACCAGUUCAUGAAGAAGCCUCUGCCACCCAAGCCAACACCCAGCAUUCCUUCUAAGACGAGGAAAGUGAUCGCUCUCUACGAUUACACCCCCAUGAAUGACCAGGAUUUGCAGCUACAGAAAGGGGAAGAAUAUCUCAUCCUGGAGGAGAGCAGUGAAUCUUGGUGGAGAGCACAAGACCAGAAUGGGAAACAAGGUUACAUCCCCUCCAACUACAUCACCGAAACAAGAGAUUCUCUGGAGAUAUUUGAGUGGUAUUUGAAAAACAUAACCAGAAGGCAAGCGGAGGAAUUGCUGAAGAAAGAGGACAAAGAUGGCGGUUUCAUCGUUCGAGAUUCUAUCAGCAAGACAGGGAAAUACACCGUCUCUGUGUUUGCUAAGUCCUCUGGGGAACCUCAGGGCACCAUUCGGCAUUAUGUGGUGUGCUCGACGCCCCAGAACAAAUAUUUCCUGGCCGAGAAGCACCACUUCAACACUAUCCCGGAGCUCAUCAACUAUCACCAACACAACUCCGCAGGACUUAUCUCCCGAUUGAAAUAUCCUGUGUCAACACAGCAAAAAUCUGCUCCUUCCACUGCAGGACUUGGAUACGGGGCGUGGGAGAUUGACCUGAAAGAACUGACAUUUCUGAAAGAGCUGGGGACAGGCCAGUUUGGAGUGGUGAAGCACGGCAAGUGGCGAGGCCAACACAACGUGGCCAUCAAGAUGAUCAAAGAAGGCUGCAUGUCAGAAGAUGCCUUUAUCGAUGAAGCCAAAGUCAUGAUGAAUCUCUCUCACGCAAACCUGGUGCAACUGUUUGGGGUUUGCACUAAGGAAAGACCAAUCUUGAUUAUCACAGAAUACAUGUCCAAAGGUUGCCUCUUGUCCUACUUGCGGGAUGCUCAGCGGUCCUUCCAGGCUACUGAGCUUUUAGAUAUGUGCAAGGAUGUCUGUGAGGCCAUGGAGUAUCUGGAAUCCAAACAAUUUCUACACAGGGACCUGGCCGCUCGCAAUUGCUUGGUCAACGAACAAGGGGUGGUCAAAGUCUCUGAUUUCGGCCUUUCCAGGUAUGUCUUGGAUGAUGACUACAUCAGCUCUGUGGGAACCAAAUUUCCAGUCCGGUGGUCUCCUCCAGAGGUUCUUCUCUACAACAAGUUCAGCAGCAAAUCGGACGUCUGGUCUUUUGGUGUUCUGAUGUGGGAGGUCCACGCUUUGGGGAAGAUGCCCUACGAGAGGUUCAGCAACAGCGAGACCACCGACCACGUCAUCAAAGGGCUGCGCCUCUACCGCCCCCAGCUGGCCUCCGACAGGGUGUAUGCCAUCAUGUACAGUUGUUGGCACGAGAAAGCAGAAGAACGUCCAAGUUUCCAAGUCCUCCUUGGGCAAAUUAUGGAUUUAGCAAAUGAAGAUGUCUGAUCCCCCUCGGUCACCCAAUGUACAUUUUCCCCUCUAGAAUUGUUGCCCCGUUCUUCAGUUUGCUGAGGAAUUGCUGAAUGGACCUGGUGAAAAACACAAUCAGCAAGAAGGCAAACCAGAAUAGCUUGAUUGAUUGAGAACUGUCUCCGUCCCUUUUUACUCACUUUUGUGUUUUGUCUUCGAAGCCAGCCAAAACCAGGGCUGUAUAGGUUGUUUUCCUAUCCAGUAGGAUAAGGUGCAGCUUGUCCCCACUGAAGUGCGAUCAUCCCAGUCCCAAAUCAGCCAAAAACAAAACCCACAUUAAAUUGUCUGUCUUCAUUUCUGAUCCCUGACCCACCUUAAUCUCUGACUUCCAUUCAGAGGUAAUGCUGGCAGCUACCCACCUCUGCUGCCUUCCCUUCAUGAUCAUGGGUGUGAAACCAGGGGUGAAAUUCAUCAGGUUCUGAUAGGUUCUGGAGAACCGGUUGUGGAAAUUUUUAGUAGUUCAGAG